AUGUCCGCCUACAACUCAGAACUCAUCGACAUUGAGUUCAACAGGAAGAGUGACAGCCACAAUUUGACUCAUUUCAACACCAAUUUCUACUAUCAGUACGAGAACUCUGGCAACUUCAGGGAUGAACUCUACUCUGAGUACUUUGUCCCCGAAGAACCAAUUGUUCUGGACGACAUGGGGCCUCCACCUUCGCUCUCCUCUGCGUCAGUGAUGUCCUCUCCUAUGUCAGACGUCUCUAGACAGUUCACGGUGGGCGGUGCUCCUUCGCUGAACUCCGAGCCAAGCUCGCUGGAUUUGUCCGAGCUGUUCUCUGGAAUGGGCAAGGAGGAGACAGUCCAGUGUAUCUCACCAAUGAGCAUCGAAAACGGCCGUAACGCUGUUGUCAAUGGCGUUCUGGCUGAGGGGAGAGAAAAUUCGGAUUUGAGUUUGAGAGUGACUGAGAGCAGCGUCGGUCAGGGGCUGAGUGGUCCGCUUGAAGAAGACACCAUUGGUAACGAGUUUAUCACCAAUGUGUUCAACUUGGACCAUGUUGCUACCAACCAGAGGCUCAACACCGCUUCUGUUUACGAGUUGAGCAACAGAUUUGAGCAUCCCGCAAGCUCCUCAAUUUCUGUUAUCUCACCAUCAUCCGUUCCAUCUUCAGUCUCCUCCAUGGAGUCUAUCAAGCCCCCAACGAGCGUGAGCUCUUUUUCAUCCUUCUCUUCUGCCUCUUCAUCCUCCAGUUACAUUUCUCCCGCUUCUACCACCACCAACAACUCCACCACCCCCACCAGCGCAGCUUCGUCGGCUGGCGACAUAAUAUCAACCACCAACUUACAGCCCGCAGUUCUCCGAAAUAGCAUCGCAGAAUCGAAGAAAAAGAACCACACAAUUGAUAUAGUCACAGAGACCGGAGAGAGGAAGAAAAUCUCCGACUCUAGACUGUCUUUACCAGAGCUGUCCAAGAUCCUCAACCUCGCAAACAACCAGAAGGAGGCCUCUGUCAGAGAGAAAAACAUCUUAAACAUUCUCCAAACCACUCUCGGCUUCCCAUUGGGACUCAAGACCUGGAUCAGAGACACUUCCUCCCAAGAAAGGGACGCUUUGAUCGACCAGCUCUACGUCAAUGUCCAAGAGAACUACAACUAUGGCUAUUCUAAAGAAAUCCUGGAGAUUAUCAUUAGAAGAGCUUCUUACUACAUGAUGCAAGGACGUCUACGUAGAGAAAGAAGGGCCAUGAGGAAAAAGAUGCAAGGACGCUCUAGUUGA